AUGAUAAAUUUGACGGAACAACUUUCUUUAUAAUUUUGUUACAAUAAAAGGUGAAGUGCGAAUUUGAUUCGUAAGUCGGCUAAUGAAUGUGGACCGAAGCGAGCUUGUAAACCAAGCAACAACAACUCAGACACUUGCUCCCUUAACGAAAUUUCCUGCUCAACGACCAUGCUUCGACUCAGCCUGCUAACCUUGUUGGUACUAUUGGGAUCCGGGCUAACCCGACGAGUCACCUCGCACGAGGAAUCUGGAGAGUGGAGUUGCGAGUCAAACUCGGAGAUCCAAGUCCUGGCGGACUUCGCCCCUGGAGUCAUCACCCUCGAUGGUCACGCCGAUGACUGGAAAGACAUUGAUGGGUUCGACUUCUCUCUCCUCCCUGCUCUUGACCCACACGAGGAUCAUGAGUACAAAGAUGGGAAAAUGACGGUCAAGGCUGUACACGAUGGAAAUGAUGUCUUCUUCUUGUUGCAAGUCGAUGGGGACUAUGCAUACACCAAAGGGGAUAACGUGAAAUGUCCAUCUGUAGCUCUCAUGUUUCAAAUCGGUGACGAUGCUACGUAUCAUGAUAUGGGUGGCUGUAAAGAACCAAGGGACUCUUGUACUAACAAGACUUGCAAAGGUCAUGAAGUUGACAUUAUGCACUUUUCUAUUGGAAAUGCUAUACCUGGAAGGCUUUACGGUGGCAACCCCAUAGAUAACAGAGAUGGAAAUGGAGGUGACAGGUUUGGUCAUUUGGUUGAUGUGUAUGCUUGGAACCCGCACUGUAGAUACCUUGAUGGAAUGGGACCUUCUGGAAAUGAUUCUAGUGCACAAAAUGACUGGAAAGGGGCAUGGUGGCACAGUAGCUUCACAGUUCAUUCAGGUUUUGUGGAGGAUGACAGCCCUUUUUCCACGGGAGGUCAGAAGGGAACUUAUUAUUUCGAAUUUUCUAGGCCUUUAAGAACCAUGGAUCGUCUUCAACAGGAUGUUCAGUUCACAAUAGGUGGAUCAAGCAAGAUGUCGGUUGCACUCUGGUAUCCGGUUGACGGGAAUCCAUGGAGUGGAUCUGGACACUAUACUAUUAACUGCGAUUGGGUGUCGUUUGAUAUUGCUUCAGGUGGUUCUAAGCUAACCAAGUCUGUGAAAUCAAGCAGCUCCUGGGAUGCUGCCUCUGCCUUUUCUCUUUUAUUCUCAGUAGCAGCUCUUUGUGUGGCUAUAUUUGUGGCGUAUCAGGUUUCAAGACCAAAGAAUAUCCCAUUCACACCAAUGGAAAAUCUUUAGAUUACAGAUGUUCAAGUCUGCCAUUGUACAAUUAAUCGAGUUCGAGUUUAAGCUUGAGCUUCUCAUACAUGUUAGAGAUUGUACUAUUAUUGCCUGUGUUUGUACUGCCUUAGCUUGAGUUUGUACUUUGAAUGAAUCCCUUCCCACUUUAUUACUAUUCUUUUAAUUAAAAAAUUUUUAGUUUUAGUUUA